CAGAGAUGGCUUUCGCCUUUCAGUUUAGUAGUUUGUAUCAUGCGUUUGUCGGGAAUUGCGUUGCAUUUUCCGUGUAAUAUGUAAGUGAUCUGAUGAUAGAAGCAGGUAAUCAAGGAACAACGCAUAUUGAAUCUGUGGCUUAGGAGGCCAAUCAUGGACUGCAAGGGAACUAGUUGGCUGAAAAAAGAGAAUAAUGGAGUAUAUGCUGAACCAGGCUCCUUGGUACAGUUACACACAUCGAUCAUGAAAGUAAAAGAAGAAUUGGAUGAGCAAGUGGACCAACAGUGCCAUGAAAAUAACUUGGGAACCUCUUGGCCAAAUGAUUUUAUCAAGGAGGAUCCUGAACUAAAUUUGGAGGUGGAUGAAACUGAGAAUACUGUGGCAGCUUCAUUAAGAAAUGCAUCUGAUAGUUUAAGUUUAAUUGAAAGUGCUGGUGACAGCUGUGACAUUUCAUAUCAAGAAACAUUACAUCAAGGAGUAGUCGAUGACAAGCUGGAGAUAGAUGCAGAGAAGUCAACAGAUUUCAGUAUGUCUUAUAACUAUACCAAAAUACGGACUUCGCAAGAAGACGGCUUAUGUGGCACGAGAUUAAGUUGCAGCAUCAGGGAAAAGGAAUUCCAUAAGUUUAACUGUAGUUUCUGCCUACAGAGCUUCCCUUCAAAAUACAGACUCAUAAUGCAUAUCUUCAUCCACAUUGAUGGUGUGCAGGCACCUUCAUAUGUGUGUAAGUCAUGUGGUGAGGUAUUUCCCACUGAUGACUGCCUGAAAGAACAUUUGAGAAUGAGUGAGGGCGACCAAGCAUUAUCUGCUGCCAACAGUGAGAAACCUGAAUGUGGUGAUGACCGUGAAAACAAUAUCUCCUUGGAGUGCGUACGAGAAGGAAUCGUGGAACAGGCUGAGAAGAAAUCUUCAUCCAAGGAAACCAAGAAAACUUUAAAGAAAUCCUUUAAUGACAUACAUAAUACAGGUAAUGUUACAAAAGUUGCAGAGAAACUCGAAAGAUGUCAUGACGAUGGAAUUUUAUGUAAAAGUGAUAAUGCUAAUGUCCACACUGUGCUAAAUGCAAAGAGAAAUCACAAAUGUGAUGUAUGUGGUAAAUUGUUUACUCGGUUACGUAAUCUUAAGAGACAUAGCUUAAUACACUCAGCCAAGAGGCCCCACAAAUGUGAUACUUGUGGCAAAUCUUUUAAUGUAUUGCGUUAUCUGAAGAACCACGUCUUAAUACACACUGGCGAGAGACCCUACGAAUGUACUCUGUGUGGAAAAAAAUUUCUUUUUUCUGACCGUCUCAAUGCACAUGAAUUAAUACACACAGAAAAGAGACCCCACGAAUGCGAUGUUUGUGGAAAAUCGUUUACUCGGUCGGGCAUUCUCAAGAGGCAUGUAUUAAUACACACUGGUAAGAGACCCUACAAAUGCACUGUUUGUGGAAAAUCUUUUAUACGGUCUGGCCAUCUCAGGUUACACGAAUUAAUACACACAGGAAAGAGACCCCACGCAUGUGAUGUUUGUGGAAAAUCGUUUACUCAGUCGGGCCAUCUCAAGAAACAUUUGUUAAUACACACUGGAAAGAGACCCCAUGAAUGCGGUGUUUGUGGAGAAUCGUUUACUAAGUCAAGCCAUAUGAAGAGGCACAUUUUCAUACACACUCGUACGAGACUUUUCAGAUGUACUGUUUGUGGAAAAUCUUUUACUCAGUCCGGCAAUCUCAAGUUACAUUAUUUAAUACACAAAGUAGAGAGACCCCACGAAUGCAAUGUUUGUGGAAAAUCGUUUACUCAGUCGAGCAAUCUCAAGGUACACGAAUUAAUACACACUGGUAAGAGACCCCACAAAUGCGGUGUUUGUGGAAAAUCGUUUAUUCGAUCGUGCCAUCUCAAGACGCACUUGUUAAUACACACUGGAAAGAGACCCCACGAAUGCGAUGUUUGUGGAAAAUCGUUUACUCGGUCGUGCCAUCUCAAGAAUCACUUGUUAAUACACACUGGAAAGAGACCCCAUGAAUGCGGUGUUUGUGGAAAAUCGUUCAUUAAUUCGAGCAAUCUGAAGGUACACGAAAUAAUACACACUGGUAAGAGACACCACGAAUGCGGUGUUUGUGGAAAAUCGUUCAUUAAUUCGAGCAAUCUGAAGGUACACGAACUAAUACACACUGGUAAGAGACCCCACGAAUGUGAUGUUUGUGGAAAAUUGUUUGUUACGUCGAGCCAUAUGAAGCAGCAUAUUUUAAUACACACUGGUACGAGACCUUACAGAUGUAAUGUUUGUGGAAAAUCUUUUACUCAGUCUGGCAAUCUGAAGAGACACGAAUUAAUACACACUGGAAAGAGACCUUACAAAUGUAGUGUUAAAGGUAAAUAGUUUCCAUAAUGGAGCAGUCUCAAGGAACAAUAAUACACACUGAACAGAGACCACACAGAUUCCAUGUUUGUGCCAAAUCGUUUUCAGUACUGCGUCAUCUGAAGGCUAAAUUAAUACACGCAGGAAUGAUCCCCUACAAAUGUGAUACUUGCUGCAAAUAUUUCUCACUCUGUAAAUCUCAAUAAAUAAUUAGUACACACCGGUGAAUCAUCGUAGAAUUGUGGUAAUUGUGGAAAAUUGUUAAUCACUAAAGUCACCUCGAGAUAUAGUUAUCACUACACACUGACAAAAGGCUACACAGAUGUUAUUUGUAGGAAAUGUUUUACUUUGGUUUAUCAUCUUAAGAAACAUGCAAUAAUACAUGGAGACCACUGAAAGUACUGUUGUGGUCAGUACAUGUACACAUGUUCAAAGAAGACUAGAAGUGUGUUAUGAAUAUUGUUCACAUGUGCUACAGAGGGGUCACAAAAAAUGAGAAAUCCAUUUUUCGCAGCUUCACAUUGGAAGAAGUUGCAUGCAAAAUACAACUUACGAAGUACAGAAUUGCAAUUUUUUGUUGUAAAUGCUCCAUGUUCUAAUGAUCUGGCUACCACAAAUUGAUGCAUUGAGAGAGAUGUUUUACUCAUGAGUAGAAGUUCCAUGCAGUAGGCAGGACCCCAUAUUCAAGAGAAUGUACCAGUAUGUUGCUAAAUAUUUCAAAGAAGCUGCCAUUUCAAUGUUCAUGAAGCUGUAUGCACUACCCAGGCGACAACACAAAUAUUUUUAUUACAUACCUAUCACUCAGGCUACUCAUCUCAACGAUGGAGAAAUAUAAAAAAAAUGUCAUGAUUAUGCAAACAUGUUACUGAGGUAUGCCUCCUUAAUGGUAAUGCUAUUUGUGUGAUCAAUAAUCUGCACAUAUGUGAACUUUCUGUGCUAGUUCUCCAUUAGGAAAUAACUGAUGGUGGCAAGUAUGCAAAGAUAAGGCAAAAACGAUAAUUAUCUGCCUAGUAGCGUUUUGAUUCAUCUUAAGAAUGCAACAGUGCUUCUGUAUGGUAUGGGCUCAUUAAUUCUUUAGUUUUCCAGCAGUAAAUUAGACUUCAUGUGUACACACAUCUCACACAGUUCCCAUUAAUUGUAGGCUAUCGGUUUGUUGCAGUGUAGUUCAUGUGCAUUAGCAUCCCACAUUCGUUUAAUCUUAUGGGAUGAGCUUGGUCGGAAAGGCAACAGUGUGAGCGCUCAUGCUGCUCAAACCAUUGCAGUGUGAUUCUGACCUAGUGA